GGCAUCUGCACCUGAUUGAUUAUCGGUAAUCACGAUGAUUCGUGCAACUCCAUUAUCGAUAACCGCUGAUAUGGCUCGCCCGCGUUUACCGUGACAAUUGACGCGCGACGUCACAAUUUCCACCUUACAUUCCUUAAAAUCCCCCUCCCAUAUUUUCCUCUUUCAUCCAUAUCUCGAAUGAGCAAUGCUCUACUACCCCGUGUCGGCAUUGCUACGACGCAAAUUGCGGCCCAAUUCGAUACUUGUUAAUUCUCCGAAUAUACGAAUAUAAACCCGAGGUACCGACUAAAAUCUAUCGAUGCGACUCGAAUGGCUACGAAUAAAUAUGAAGAUAUAGCAGUUAUGGAUGAGGAUAUGAAGGGAGAGGGCUACGGAGGACAAGGGAAUCGUUUUUAUGGAACUGAAAAUGGAAAUGGAAUAAUCGGAAGAUCGCCAAUCUCGAAGCAGAGGAGUUUAUCUGAUGGCGGAGGCACACAAUUAUCACCGUCUCCCCAUAUACUGGAAGCAUCGAGACGCACAUCCAAAGACGAUACCGACCAUUCUCUAAUUAAGGAUAAAAACCAAGACAUGACGACAAUGACGACAAUGGUCACCACAACUUCAUCAGACGUUGUCGCAACUACUCCGGUCACACCCAGACGACCAGAAUUUCCUAUGCGCGGAUUGUCGAUACAAAUGUCACAGUGCGAUUCUGUUUCGCCCGCUCAAACGCCCAACCACGUCAAGCUUGCCCCUCUUUCCCCUAAACUUGAUCAUUCGCAGAUCUAUGCUUCGCCAACCAACAUCCUACCUCGUCGCUCCCGUGGCCUAGAUUUCUCCAGAGCCGCCACUAGCUUACAUCAUUCCACCCUUGCCGAACAAUCAUCUCCUGAUUCUUCACCCACUAUCGGCGGACGUGCUAUGAACAUACCCCGUCGCGGUAACGGCGACUAUGGUCAAGAGCAAUCCGCCACCUCUUUGUGGUCCAUGAUGGGUAACCAAGAGCGCAUGAACAUCUCUAGCUCCAUUGGUAGCGCGAACCCCCUGCUUUCCGAUUCAUCCUCCAGUUCCGGUGAUGACGAUCCUAUGGAUGAAGAAAUGGAAGAUGCCAUCUUCAGUACACCUCAGGUUUCGAAGGGCAGCCAACAGCUAAACCUCCCGUUUGGAUCCGGCAAUAAUGUCGUCCCGUGGAUGCCGGGGGCAUCGGGGGCAUCGCCAGCUGUUAAUAGUCUUCAGAGCUUUCGAACACGCCCGCGCAGGCAUCCCAAAAAGAGACCACGCGGUCUAGCUGGCCUAGGCUUCAGCCACGCUGCUCCCUGCUUCUCCAAGUCUCCGCCGAACAACGUCGUUAAGGAUCUUAGGGACUCUUCCAUCCCGCAUAAUCGAAGAGAGAGUAUCAGCUGGGCUGCUAACCAGUUGCAUAUCUCCAGUAGCGAAAGCGAUGACAAACCUAUAGACGCAAGUGAUGCUCUAUCGAGGGAUGGUACAAGAGGUGUUGUCAAGAGAGCCGUCACGAGGCGAGGCAGUCUACUCCCAAAAACGAAGGGAUUCGCGCGUAUUCGCGCCGCUCUUAUGGAAGAGAGCGCCCCGGUAGAUUCAGAGACUCGCAGAGAAGCCGAAGUUAUUCGACAAGUCCGCGAAAGCGACAUGGACCUUGAGCCCCGCGUACCACCUAGUCACCCUCCAGCUCUAGACAUUGCUAACAUGUCUACCGCCCAAUCCUCUCCAAACUUAGGUACGACACAGGAUCCUCUCGACGACAUACCGGAAGACGAUAUGAUGACCGACUCUGGCUUGUCGAGCAGUUUCAAGCAGCAAGCUUUGAGAAACUCCAAGGGCAAAAACUUCUGGGAGAACUUCUCCGAGACGAGCAGCGUCGCAGGCGCGCGAACUACGCCACCGCCCUCGUCCCUCAUGCCUAGGGGGUCUUCAUCCGGGAUGAGCGAGGACAUUAACAUGGACUCUCCCUCUCUAUCGUCAGGUCCUGGCUUGUUUGGGCUAGGUCAAAACGCCGGUAGGACACCUGGAAGCGAGAGUCAAAGAUCAGAUACCCCACAACAGUCUUCCCUCCCGCCGUCCAUGCUUCAAGGAAGCGGCAUACCGCCGACCGCAGCGGAGAUUACGCGGCGCAUUAACAAUAAGAGAAGACGUGAUGACGAUUACUUCGACACGCACGGGCUGAAGAGACGCGCCGUCAGCCCCGGCAUGAAUAGCGUGCACGGAUCGCCGGUGACCCAAAGCCCGCUGCAGAGGGAUGGAGGUCCCUGGGGUCCGGGCUCGAGGCCGGGAAGCAAUCACGGCGGCGACAGGGAGAGGGAUAAAGCGUCGGGGACCGGGACGCCGAGCGAGAACGGGAGUAUCGGCGGGAACGCCGGUGGCAAUGGCAACGGAAAUGGCGGGAGGGUGAUCAAUGGAAAAGGCAGAGUUGGAUUCCAGGGGAUGGUGGAUACCAACGACGGGCUCAUGCGCAUGAGCAUCGAGUAGUACUGAGGUCGUGCUAUGCAAAUUUGAGGAGAGAAAGCGAUGUGGAAGGCGCCAAAAUAAGAGAGAGCUGUUCGCUACGAUAGCUUACCUAAACUACAACAGGUAGGUAUGCGUAGGGUAGUAGUAGCGAGGAGGUUUUUGCUUGUUAGUUUCCUGGUAUGGUUGUGGGAAAAUAAGGGGAGCAGCGCAGUACUGUUGAUGCUGAUACCCCCCUAGCGUGUCUGGUUGUCUCUUUAUUGCAAGGCGUUAUACUGUAAAGGCGUACUUGUGAUGUAUGAUGAUGGUCAAUAAAAUCAUAUCAUUGUGCUUGUUUUUUUUUUCAGGGGGUGGGGAGGGGUGUUAUAUCAUGGAGA